GCCUGUCUCUCUCCUCCCUGUCAGGGACACUCGGAGAAAUGACCACCUUUGUUUCAGCAAACGUUCAUGGCUAAUUUGUCCGGGGUCCAGUCGUCCAGCAGGAGUCCGUGCGGCUCGAUCGGCGCUCUUGUCACUGCACAGCUGCCCAAAACAGUAAAUCUAGUCUAAAAGAAACAAGCUCGCGCGCAGCAGCUGGUCCAAUCUCUCCUUCCCGGAAUCCUCCUCCCGCGAUUGGUAAUCUGUUCUCCGCCUCCUCGCCGCCCUUAUACCAAGGGAAAGGGUGAUGAACAAUUUGCUGGCGAGGCACCACAGCCCACUGACCCACCUAGCCAAGUUCGCGCGGAGAACCAUGUCGACGAGGAGCGUCCAAGUCACGCAGCCCGCACGGCCCGUGCAGGCCCCCGCCUUUUAUCAGACAAAGCCGCCGCCGCACCACAAUCCCAACGGCGCGGGCUUCCGAUUGCCGUGGCCGUCGGCCACUCUCAACGGCCUGCUAGGGUUCCUCAAGGCCCGCAUGUUUGACUGGGAGGAUGCGCCGCUGGACCCCAACAAUUUGCCCGAUGUUUCGCAGUGCGAUUGGAAGCCGCAGAGCUCUGCGGUGGGCGCAGACGACAUUCUCUUCACCUGGAUUGGCCACGCUGGCUGCCACGUUCGAAUGCCACUCAAGUCCUCGGGAUCCGACUCACCGGCUUAUCUGAGCAUCCUCACCGAUCCGGUUCUGUCAAAGCGCUGCUCCCCCUCGCAAUAUAUCGGGCCGGCCCGCUACACGGAUACACCCACCAGCAUCACUGCGAUGGCCGAGAGUGAGGAGGCAGGCGUUUGGCCCGACCUACUCGUUUUCAGCCACAAUCACUAUGAUCAUUUGGAUUACGACACCGUCAAGGCGAUUCUCAACCCACCAUCCCCUUCCAAAAGUCCCCCGCACAUUCUGUGUACGCUCGGCGUGGCCGCCUUCUUCCACUCGAUGGGCGUCAAGAAGGAGAACAUCACCGAGCUGGAUUGGUGGGAUUCCCGUCAGCUCAACUUUCCAGGCUCUGCCUCGGUCCAGGUCACCUGCGUACCCGCUCAGCACUUUUCGGGGCGGGGCCUCCUGGACCGCAACAAGACACUCUGGGCCGGCUUUACCUUUGAGUGUGAGGGCAAGAAGUUCUAUUUUGCCGGCGAUACGGGCUACCGCAAUGUCUCGAGAGGUAUGACUAGGGAGCAAGAGGACGCCCAGCCUUGUUGUCCGGCCUUCAAAGAGAUUGGCGACCUCCUUGGGCCCUUUGAUCUCUCCGCCAUUCCUAUUGGCGCUUACCUGCCCCGAUCGUUCAUGUCGACCAUCCAUAUGGCGCCCCGGGACAGCGUCAGGGCGCACAAGGAAGUCAAGAGCAAGAAGAGCAUUGGCAUACACUGGGGCUCCUUCCGCCUCACACCAGAAGAUGUCAACGAGCCGCCUAAGCAUCUCAAGGAGGAAGCUGAGCGUAUCGGGCUGGCAGAGGACGAGUUCAUCGUCAUGAAGAUUGGCGAAACGAGGGCAUUUCCGACAUCUGUAUGAUCACUUUCGUAGAAUGUGUUGCUUUCUGUCCGUACUUGGCUCUUUCGAAAUCGAUGGAUCAGCAGUGUAGAAUUGUCUUUGGGUGUUUCGUCGUCGCCCAUUGACGUGAACCAACACCAGUACAGGCGCCACCACUCGACGCUUAGCAACGAUGGGUCAGGCACCGAGCGGGCAGAGCGGGCGACCGGGAGGAAACAAUGAUAAGAACAAGAAGGACCAGCAGAAGAAGUGGGAGCCGCCGCUGCCGACACGAGU